AUGUCAGUCUACAAGAUUACCGUUGCACAGUACGGCAGCGACCGGCUUCAUGGAGCAUGGCAUUACGCCAUCCUCUGCUAUACUCUUUCUGAUCCCCAUGAACCAGAGAGGGCACUCUGUCUGCAGCUCGUCGGCAGUGAGGGAGUGCGCAACUAUGAAAUAGGAGAGGUCAGCCGCGUCGUUGCUCGCCAUUCCAAAUGCUUCCAGGGUGAGAUUGUGGUCGGUCACAUUGCCUCCACGAGCAGUGCAGUUCAGCAUUUCAAGAGUUGCGCAAAACUAGUCCAGAUUCAAAAUGGUACGCGUGAAUGGAACUCCCAGAAUUGGGUGGCCGAAGUCCUCACGGUAGCCAAUACUCUCGGCGUUCAGGUCAACGCCUACACCCAUAAGACUCUCUUCGAGGCCAUGAAGUCCUCAUUCAAGUGA